AUGCCGCGCCGUCGCAAACCUCCGCGCGCAGGAGCUCUCGCAGAGUUAGCACCUCUCAAAAUCGCAGGCCAGAUCGCGACGCUGCAGGCCAUUUACUACUUCGCGGCACUGGUUCUUAUUAUAUUCACGGCGCUCGUGUCGGGCUCUGGCUUUAGUUGGACGCUAGUAUUUGGCUGGGAGGGCGUGAGGGGAGAUACGACGCAUGGAUGGCUCAUGUCAUUCAUCCUUUUGCUAGAUGGAGGGUUGAUUAUCUCCAUCGCGAUAGUUGCUCUUAUAGCUCGAUCCAAACUCGUUCCUGACUUCGCCCUGACUGUCCACUUCCUCCAUCUCGUUGUCGCAUCUCUCUACAGUGGCCGCAUUCCUCGCCAUGGAGCCUGGUGGCUUACCAUGCUAAUCUCAUCCGCGAUCUCUGUUAGUCUCGGUAUCUGGGGCUGUCAGUACCGCGAGCUUCAGCCUCUCUUCUUUGGCGGUCGUCCCAUUCUUCCUGCUACAGGUCCUGCGUCUACCGAUGGCACUGCGACGCAGCCUAGUACCGCUGAUGAGGAGAUGGCCAUUCCUGUGAGAGGACGGGGCAGAGAUGGUGGUGGGGAAUACGAGAUGGCGCCUAUGCAGCCUGUAAGAUGA